CCCGGCCUGGGGCUCCUCCGGCCAUGCCGCGGGGCUGAGCAUGCAGGGAAGGCCGGAGCUGCCCCCUGAGGCUGCUGCGCCCUUUCCCGGGACCCCUCCGAGCCCCCCGCGGGCCUUCCUCGGGGCAUGCCCGACCGGGCGACUAUGUCCCAGCAGCCCUCCAUGAGUUUCCUCCUGGUGCCCAUCCCGGAAUACCCGCUCCUGGAGUGCGCGCCCAACAAAGUCAUCAAGCUGGUGGUCCUGGGGGGCAGCGGCGUGGGGAAGACCGCCCUCAUCGUGAGGUUUCUCACCAAGAGGUUCAUCGGAGACUACGAAGCCAACACGGGCGCUUUAUACUCCAGGAAAUUCACCAUCGAUGGGGAGCAGAUUUCCUUACAAGUCCAGGACACGCCGUUCGUUUCCCUGGAGGACGAGAAUGACACCAUCUGUUGCCAGGAGCAGAUCAACCGGUCCAUUUACUGGGCCGACGGCUUCGUCUUCGUCUACUCCAUCACGGACUACGAGAGCUACCGCGUCAUUCGCCCGCUGCACCAGCACAUCCGCAAGAUCCACCCCAAUGCCAACAUCCCCUUGCUGCUGAUGGCCAACAAAGGGGACCUGCUCCGGGCCAGGCAGGUGUCCACCAAGGAAGGCCAUCAACUAGCCAACGAGCUGGGCUGCCCGUACUCGGAGGUCUCUGCGCGGGAGAACUGCGAAGGUGUCCACGAGGCCUUCCAGCAGCUGUGCCGGGAGCUGAGCCGGAUCAUUGGGAACUGCAACGGGGAGAAGCGGAGGGGCCUCCACCUCAUCCGCCCCAAAUCGCCCAACAUGCAGGAACUGAAAAGGAGGCUCAAGCAAGCCUUGUCUUCCAAAGGCAAAACCGCCACGAUGCUCUGAUGAAUUUUAAAGGGUCCCUUUGGGCCAUAGCGGGCCAGGAAUAGCCAUGGGGGCCUGGUGAGGGUCAGCUUGCCAGCUGUUUUGGGGUGCAUGUGAAAGAACCCCUUUCCAGAAAUGAGACUAGGACGGCCGGGAAUUCGGGGAGUUAAGCCCUUUCACUAGACCGGGGUCUCCAAACCUGGCAACAUGCUGGCUGGGGAAUUCUGGGAAUUGUAGUUCACAAGUCUUAAAGUUGCCACGUUUGGGGACCCCUGCAUUAGAUGAUCCCCAAGAGGGCCCUAAGGAACGGGGCACCUUCAUUCUCAGGAUCGGUUUCAGCUUCUUCACCUGCACGAGACAAACAGGUGAAUACCUCUACCUGCCCCCUCCAAUGCGGCUUCAGUCAUCGUCUUGGUUCUUUCUCCGUAUGUCAGACAACCAUCUUCUCUAAGGUUUAGGUGCCAAAUAUAUGUUUGUGUAUGACAGUUAAAGGGAAAAUAUAACCACACAUGCAGUAUGAAUGUGUUAUGAAACUGGUAGCACAAGAGGAAAGAUGGUUGGUGGUCUCUCCAUUGGACAAUCAGCUCCUGCUGUAGAUGAUCUUUCUGCCUUCCUCUUCCACCAUAUCAAGAACCAGCACAACUUUUUAAGGGUAGAAGAGAACCCUAACCCGAGCUCCUUUCCUUCCUUCCUUCCUUCCUUCCUUCCUUCCUUCCUUCCUUC